ACUGAUAAUACAAGAAAUGUCACUUUUGUCGGCAUAAUUUUUUACUACUGCUGUUGUUCUGUUUUUUUCCAAUUUUUUUUCUGCUGCAAUUUUGUAACACAUUUAGAAAAAUAUUAAUAAUUAUAAAUAAAAUAUGGCCAUUUCCUAUAGCUGUCAAGAUUUUCUAGGCUUCCAAGAUGCUCUCAAGAAGAUGCGUGAUAUUGAUGAUAAAAUAAUUUAUGCCCUAAAUACCUCAUUGCCUACGGAAUCAUUCAAAGGUCAAGUGGAUGGCGAGAAGACCUGCAAAGAUUUAUAUUCCAAAUUACAAACUGGACACAAGCAACGUGAGGAAGCCAUACGCAGUUGUAUAAUGCUAUCGGCCGAAUCUCUAAAAAGUCUACGAGAAAAACGUGAAUCCCAGCCUGAUGAUAUGGAAGUGGAUAAGAAAUUUAAGUCGGAACAAAGAAAGUUGCGCGUCUUACAAUCCGAAUUAAAUGUGGAGGAUAUUGUUAAAGAACGCUCUUACAAGGCGUUCAAUGAACGCUGCCGUUUAUAUUUUAGAGCUGGUGCUUCAGCUUUAUGAGCCACCUAUUUUUUCAUAGAGAUUAAAGGGUUUAUUUUUGUAACCUGUA